AUGAGUUGUGCCAUUACGCACACCUUCCACCGCGAGUCCACGACGUCUGAAAAUCCUCAUCUUCAUUACUGCAACAAUAAUGGUGAAAUUGGUUCUUCUUCUCCGAUUAGAAGUCCUUUUGUUAUUCACCCUCAUUUCUCUGCCCAAAUCACUUUCUCAACGGGCCUCGUUUUAUCUGGAUUUUGUGGUGGAUGCAGUCGAGAUGCCGACGGAGGACUACUAUGAUUACAUCGUCGUCGGAGGUGGCACCGCCGGUUGUCCACUGGCGGCGACAUUGUCGGAGAGAUAUAAAGUUCUGGUUCUUGAAAGAGGCGGCGUUCCGUUUGGCGAUCCCAAUUUGAUGACCCAAGAGGGGUUUCUCGCCACCUUGUCGGAAUUCGACACCUUUGAUUCCCCUGCUCAGCCUUUCAUCUCCGAGGAUGGAGUUCCCAACGCACGCGGCCGCGUUCUCGGCGGGAGCAGCGCCAUAAACGCCGGUUUCUACAGCAGAGCCGACGAGGAAUUCUAUGGCAACUCCGGGAUUAACUGGGAUUUAAAUCUGGUGAACCAGUCAUACGAGUGGGUGGAGAGGGCGAUCGUGUUCCGGCCGGAGCUCAAGAGCUGGCAAUCGGCGGUGAGAGAUGGGUUGCUGGAAGCCCGGGUGAAUCCGUAUAAUGGAUUCUCGUUACACCACGUUCUUGGCACCAAGAUCGGCGCGUCCACUUUUGACAACUCCGGCCGCCGCCACAGCGCGGCGGACUUGCUGUUCUUUUCGAACACCACCAACAUUCGCGUGGGGGUGUUCGCCACCGUGGAGAGGAUUCUCAUGGCGUCCACUGUUUAUUCUCCGGGCACGAAUCAAUCAGCGAUCGGGGUGAUUUUCCGUGACCGAAUGGGGCUGUUCCACCACGCUAUGGUGAGGGAACGCGGCGAGAUCCUGCUCUCCGCCGGCGCUCUCGGUAGCCCGCAGCUGCUUCUCCUGAGCGGCAUCGGCCCGCGCCUCUAUCUCUCUUCUCUCGGCAUUCCGGUGGCCUACCACACCCCUAACGUCGGCCAGUUCCUUUACGACAACCCAAGAAACGGAAUUUCCAUCGUCCCUCCAAUCCCUCUCGAGUAUUCUCUCUUACAGGUGGUCGGUAUCACCGGCGCCGGCUCUUACCUCGAAGCCGCCUCCAAUUUCAUCCCGUUUGCUUCCCCUGUCAACUCCGUCUUCAUCCGGGCUCCCGCGUCGCCGGUCUACCUCGCCGUCGCCACCCUCAUGCAGAAAAUCUCCGGCCCGGCAUCAGUCGGUUCGCUCCGGCUAGCCUCCCCGGACGUCAGGGUGAACCCACUCGUCCGGUUCAAUUACUUCAGCGACCCCAGCGAUUUGCGGAAGUGUAUACGCGGGGCCAGGAAGAUUGGGGAUUUGCUGAGAACUCGAUCCAUGGACAUUUUCAAGUUCGAUCAGAGGUUUGGUGGAAGGGAUUUCCGGUACGUCGGGCCUGCAUUGCCGGUGAACCAGUCAAAUGAUGCUCUUAUGGCGGAGUUUUGCCGUCGAACUGUUAGUACCAUAUGGCAUUACCACGGCGGCUGCGUCGUCGGAAAGGUGGUUGACGGUAAUUUCAGACUCCCCGGAAUUGAGGGUCUCAGGGUUAUCGACAGCUCCACUUUUAAUACUUCUCCGGGGACCAACCCCCAAGCCACCGUUCUCAUGCUUGGACGGUAUGCUGGUUUGAGGAUUCUGGCAGAAAGACAGAGAUAGAAAGGAAAGUGUUUUCUUUGUUUUGGUGUUUGAGAUAUGUGUACUUCACAUAUGGUGGUGUUAUAUGUAUAAAAUGUUUGAGUGGAAAACCUUUUCAUAAUUGGUUGCUAAUUGAGAUGGAUUUCUAUGUUUA